AUGAUGGACGCGUUCGGCGCGCUCGUCCGCGCGUCCUGGGCGCCGAUCGCGCGCGGUGCGCUCGACGGCGUCGAGCUCAACGACGUCGACGUCCUGGUCGUCGCCGAGUGCGCGGCGUUCGCGGCGUGGUGCCUGCUCGGGUCUUGGGUUUGGAAGACGUACAGCUUCGUCGACCAACUUUGGAGCGUGACGCCGGUCGUGUACGUCGCGACGUACGCGUAUCACGGCGUCGGCACGGCGGCGCGGGCGCGGUUGACGCUCAUGCUGGGAUUGGCGCUGCUGUGGGGGGCGAGGCUGACGUAUAACUUUGCCAGGAAGGGUGGUUACGCCGGAGAGGAGGAUUACCGCUGGGGCGAGUUGCGAAAGAAUAAACUGUUGCGUAAUCCGAUCGUCUGGCAGCUGUUCAACGUGUCGUUCAUCGCGGUGUAUCAAAACGUGUUGUUGCUAUUGAUCGCCCUGCCCGCGGCGGUGGCGUAUCGAUCGAAAGAGGCGCUGGCGUGGCGCGGCGCCGACGGCGUCGCGCUGUGCGCGUGGACGGCGGCGUUUCUCGUCGAAGUCGCCGCGGAUGAGCAGCAGUGGCGGUUUCAACGCUCCAAGCGCGGGUUGGCGCGCAAGGUGAAGGGGUGGAAAGAGGAUUACGAGCGAGGGUUCUUGACGCACGCGCUGUUCGCGUGGUCGCGACACCCGAAUUUUUGGGCCGAGCAGACGAUGUGGGUGAGCUUUAGCGGCUUCGCCGCGGCGAGCUUAAAGUCCAAGGCGUUCUUCACGCCCGCGCUCAUCGGACCGAUUCUGUUGAUACUGCUGUUCCAAGGCUCGACGUCGUUCACCGAAGCCAUCACGGGGAAAAAGUACCCGGAUUACAAGGCGUACCAAGACGCGACGAGUCGGUUGCUCCCGCUGCCUCGUCGCCGCGCUUUGCCGCCGCCGACGAAGAAGGAUUAA